CAGUGGGCUUUUAUAAAGGGUUGACUCUGCGUCGUGGGAGUGCUUCGAAUGGUUCUGGGCUGCUGAUCGUUAUCACUGUGCAGUGUGCCCCACUCCCCCAAGCUCAUUCCACAACUUCAACGCGUAUAUCGCGUAUGCGGUCAGCGACCUCCGCAAGGCCUCAAUGAUCAUCUUUUGUCAUCUGCAUUGAAUGACGAUCUUUGUCCUUGAUCAAUGCUCUAUUGUAUCUGAUGCGCUUUAAUGCAGGGAUCAAGAUCCUACCAGGAUGUGCUACCUCAACCAGGCAGCCGCAUUUUAGACGGCAAUGACACCCCACGUCCUCACACCAGGUAAAUACAUAUAAUAUUGGGCUUCCCACUCAUGAUGUUACCCUAUCGUAGCGCCCAUCAAAGACCGAGGACGUCUUACCAUGACUCGUGUCAACUUCGAGCCUGAGGGUGAUGCAGUGGAAAGUCCCCCAACUGAAACUCAGAGGCUGCUUCCAUCGACAGGGACUUCACCCGAAGGUCAUCGCUCGCAUAUUAAUUCCAGAACACUAUGGAAGAUAUAUGCAAUCAUAUUCUUUGCCAACAUGGGCGUCCAGAUCCUCGGUCCUGCCCAAACACGGAUCUAUGAGACUAUUUAUUGUGCUCAAUGGUACAAAAACCACCCUUUGGAUGAUUCAAUUCAGCAUCUGGGCCAGAUUCCAGAAUUUCUCUGCAAGAUUAAAGAGGUUCAACAGCCCGUCUCCAGCCUCAAAGGCUGGUUGGAAUGUUUCGGUGCCAUUCCUGGCCUCUUACUCAGCAUCCCUAUGGGAAUCCUGGUUGACUCGAUCGGGCGGAAAUAUGUUGGCCUUUUGGUGGUGACCACCCUUUGGCUGACCCAGGUCUGGAUAGCAUUCAUCAGUUGGUUUGAUGGUGCUAUUUCUCUUCGCUAUAUAUGGUGUGGGUCAUUUGUCUAUCUCUUUGGUGGAGGGGUAAUUGUGGCAGAAAUCGUGAUUGCUUGUAUUCUUACCGAUAUCAGCUCCAAAGAGGAACUGUAUGCUAUUCUCUCGACCUUCUCUGAGUCUCCGCUAACAUUCACUAGGACGGUUAAUUUCCUACGGACCAGCGCCUUCAAUGCCUUUGCCAAAACCUGUGGGCCCAUCAUUGCUGCUAUACUCAUGCGGUACGAUCCCUGGCUCGCAAUCUACACCGGGCUUGCCAUGCUCCUAUUUACCGUCAUUCUUAUCAUUCACGUUCCGGAAACAUUGCAGCUGCGCGAAGGAUUCGAGGCCACACAGAGGGGACAUGCAACGAAGUGGUUCUCCAACAUCACGUGGAAAGAAACACGAGAAUCACUACGAGAGGUGAUGAAGAUCUGGAGCGACUGGCGGCUAUGUUUCGUGGCUUUGACAUAUCCUUUCCGGAUGUUAGCCUACGCUUUAAGCGAUCUCAUCCAGCGAUAUGUGUCGAAUCGCUAUGGUUGGACAUUGGCCGAUGCAACACUGUUAUACUCGAUCCAGGCAGCCGGGGCAGGCAUUCUGCUCUUCACAUUGCUUCCAUGGAUCUCGCACCAAAUCGAUAUGAGAUACUCAUGGAGUACGAUCCACAAAAACGUGGUCCUAUCCAGGGCGUCUUUGCUGGUUCUUGCCAUUGCGUAUGUCACCAUUGGAAUUGCCUUCAACAUCCCCAUGUUAAUAGUAGGACUUUUUGUUGAAAGCAUGUCGACAGGUUUGCAGAGCACCAUGAAAACUUUGGCCUCGGCUUUAGUGGAAGGUGAGGGCCAAGGGAAGGUAUUUUCGCUGCUCGCCAUGGUGGAAACACUGAGUACCAUGCUGGCAUUCCCCCUUUCUGCUUCCUUGUUCAAUCUGGGAUUGCAAAAGGGUGGUGGUGCUUGGCUCGGUCUGCCAUACGACAUGACUGCCCUAUUGGCAUUUGUAUGCUUCUUAUCUAUGUGUCUACUGACAUUUGAGGCACGGAUGAGAAUAUGAUGGAUUGUGGUUGUUGAUUUCUCGGGGCUGGCCUUACCAUAGAUGUCUACCUAAGGUAAUUAAAGGAGAGGUACCUAAUUUGAGGCUUGCGGUAAAAGUUGAUCGGUGGGAUGACGACUCCCCUGGCACUCAUGGUCCUCAGUCAAGUCAAUGGCGUCAUUAAAUGCAUGAUUGCAGCCUAAAAGUACCUACGGAGUAGGUUAAGUACUCGU